AUGCUGCAUCACCUUUACACUUGCGAGACGCUUAGGAAACUGAUUCUUUCUGAGAAGAUUCUCGUUGAUGUUCCUUGUCCGGUUAAUCUCCCAUCACUUCACCAGCUUCAGCUUCUCGAUGUUGUUUACAAAGACGAAGAUUCUCAUGUCACGCUUUUAUCAGGUUGCCCGGUUCUCAAGCUUUUGAAGGUGAGUCGACAGGAUGAUGUGGAUGAUAAUGUGAGAAAGUUCACCGUGAAAGUUCCUUCUUUACUGGAUUAG